UUGAUAUACAGUAGUUUUUGGGGUUUUGUUUUGUUUGCAUAAAGACGCGAUAGACAAAGCUCCACUGAGUGAUGACCCCUCGUUGCCACGGUGACGAGACCCAGACCCCAGCAUGGGUCUGGGUCUCGGGGCCCCUGGUGCCGCCAGUGUGGGAUGCCAGAGCUGUGCUCCCUCGAUCCCUCCCUCGCUCCGUCCCGUCCUGUAUUAACACACAUUCACUCAAACACUGAGCAGAGGAGCAGGAUGACUCUCGUUCCCUCAGAGGACGAAACGUUUGAGACAAAAGUUUGUUGUUUCAGACCGAAGAUGGGAUUUGCAUCCAAUGCCAACAUAAUAGGCUCAUCUUCUUUUGCGGUUUUUGUGUGCGUGUUUGUUUAGUAUCUGAUUGUGUGUCUGUGAUGCCCUUCAAGUUCUCCAAAGGAAAGUUCUGGUUGGAGCCGCCGUCAGAGAAACAGAGGAAGCAGCUGGAGGAGGAGCUGAAGCUGAGCGGCACAAACCUGAAGAGCAACGCCUGGUACCACGGACACAUCCCCUGGGAGGUGUCAGAGAGCCUGGUGGUGAACCAUGGUGACUUCCUCAUCAGAGACUCUCAGUCCAGUCAGGGGGACUUUGUCCUCACCAGCCACUGGGAGGAGAAAACGCUUCACUUCCUUAUCAGGAAGACGGUGGUUCAGUCUGGUGAGACGUAUACCCGGGUCCAGUACAGCCUGGAGGGUGAGGCCUUUGACACCUUACAGGCCCUCGUCCACUUCUACGUGGGCAGCAGGGCGGUUCUGACCCGGUGGAGCAGCGCUCAGAUUUAUCAGCCAGUGAACAGGACGCUGCCACUCAGUUACCUGGAGAUGGCGUUCUGCACUGUCGACAGCGGGUCGAGUAGCGGCAGCACGUGUGGAGAGGAGAGGGUCCGUUCAAGGAGUCCUUCCUCUCUCCACCACAGGGGGGCAGAAGUGAGCAGAGGACAGGACGACCAGACUUCUGUAGAAUCCACGCUCUCGACUCCAAACAUCAUCAACACCCCACAGUCCAGAAGCCCUUGCCACGGUCAGACAACCAGUGUGGCUCCAUCUCCAUCCCUCUCUCGGAGCUUGAACACCACCCAGCCCACGUCCUCCCCGAACAGCACCCUCAACAGACGGUGUAACAAUAGACACCAUCCUCAUCAGAACCAGGACUCUCCCUCCUCUGAUACAGAUGGAAGCUGCUAUACAGAGCUGUACCCUGGCCCUCAGAGCUAUGUGGAGAGGCUGUGGGCAGAGGAAGGGUCAGCGGUGGUUGAUCCACUGAGGGUGGAGGACAGGAAUGUGUACUUUUCACCGGUAGUGGAGGCAGUUUCUUCUUUCAAACCGAGCAGGUACAAGUCGCAGCUGAUGCCUGAGGAGAAUAAGCCUUUGGAGGUGGGCAUACUGCGAAGAGUGAAGGAGCUUUUAGCAGAGAUCGACCCCAGGACUGCGGCUAAACAUAUCACCAAGGCUGACUGCAUGGUGGCCAGAAUUCUGGAGGUGACUCCGGAGGUGCAAAGGAUGAUGGGAGUCGGUUCUGGGAUAGAGCUGCUCACGUUGCCACAUGGCCAGCAGCUGAGACUGGACCUUCUGGAGAGGUUUCAAACCAUGGCGAUCAUGUUGGCGGUGGAUGUGUUGGGCUGCACUGGGACAAACGAGGAGCGAGCUGGUCUGCUUUACAAAAUCAUCCAAAUCGCUGCCGAGCUCAAGAGUACCAUGGGAAACAUGUUUGGUUUUGCUGCCGUCAUGAGAGCUCUCGAGCUGCCGCAGGUGUCCCGUCUGGAGCAGAUGUGGACGGCGUUACGGCAGCGACACACAGAGGGCGCUAUUCUCUACGAGAAAACUCUAAGGCCAUUUAUGAAGAGCCUCAACGAUGGGCGAGAAAGUUGUCCACUGUCCAACACCACCUUCCCCCAUGUCCUCCCCCUCUUGUCUCUGCUGGAGAAGAGUGUGGCGGUGGGUGAGGGGACAGAGCCAUGGGAGACCGUGGAAGUCGGUAUGGACGUGGUCAUGUUCCACCUGGGGGCCGCGAGGACCAUCGCACAACUGGGUGGCAUUUAUCAAUCCAACGCUCAGAGCAAACUACAAGGUUUCCAGGAGCAGCCAGAGGUCCUGGAGCUCUUCCUGACCGACUUCCAGCUCAGGCUGCUGUGGGGUAGCAGGGGAGCCCCGGAGAGCCAGGUUCUGCGAUACACCAAAUUUGACCAGGUGCUGACUGCCUUGUCCAACAAGCUGGAGCCACCUUUCAGAUCACACUGACCUCAGAGCUGGAUGAGUGGCCUGUCAUAUUCUCCCUCGUCUGUCAAUGGAACCUCACUCAAGGGCUUUUGGAAGAGAAUGCACACGACGCACUUGAUCGACAUUUUGACUUUAGACAUGUAAAGCUGACAUCAGUGCAGCAUGUCUGUCGGACACUUGAAAGGGGAAAUAAACCUUCCUGUAGCUUUUUGAUUCAGAUUCCUGAUGAAACUCAAUUACAGGCUUCAAAGUGGUUCUGAUCCUAAAUGGUUCUUUUUUUUUUUACUUUGUUGGAAACAAAGCCCAACUGUUCUGACUCGAGGCAGAGAGAAGCCUAAAUUUUUGCUCUCCCCCAAAGUCAAGAGUUGCGGACGACCAGACCAGAAUCCAGAGUUUGGGGAAGAUGCCACUCGAAACAAGAUGGUGCACAUGUGGAGAAUUAGUAGUCUCAUUUUCUACCCUCAUUAUUGUCUUCAUAUAGCACUAAUCCCAGUUUAUUGUCAAUUGAAGAAUUAAACUUUAACAUUUAAAGGUGCUAGCACACUUUACUUAUUGUGUUUUAGGGAUGCAAAGUCAACAAUCACUGAUGGCAGAGGCCAAUCGAUUUGUUGAGCCUGUAGCCGAUUCAGAGAAAUUCUAAUAGUUGGUGCUAUAACCAUGCAUAAUAACCUCUGGCUGUUCCAGGAAAAAGAGUUAUGAUAACAAUACGAUGGAGUGAUCGCUCAAUCAAAGACAACUGAUCAGUUUUUUUUUUAGAACACAGAUUUCUUUGUUUCCCUGGUUUACUGUUUGAGAUGGAAUAACAUGAAGGAGGUGAAAAUGAACUGACCCUAAAUACAUUGGUACAUCAUACAGGUACACAACAUUUCUACCCCUUACAUAGUGUUAACGUCUAAUCUAUAUCUAUAUAUAUAAUAAAAUACAUGGCAUUCUGUGAUACUAUGAUAUGAGACAUAUCCAGGUCCAGAAUUUCCCAAUCUGUGCAUCCUUAAUAUUUUAACGUGUCUGUUUCACAGUGAACUCAAUACUAACAUCAUGUCAGAUUGAGUGUAAACAUGUGGAGUGGUGCUUUUGUUCCUGAGAUGAGGCUGAGCCUCAGUGUGUUGAUUGGUUAAUAUAUAGAAAUGUUGUUGACCUUAAGGCUGGACCUUCCCCUGAAUUUACAAGUUCACCAACUGUAUCUUAUAUUGUACAACCAAAUGACAUAAUAACUUUGUAUCUGCAUCAUAAAAUUACAUUUUAUUUGCA